AUGUGGAGGGAAGUCUUCUUUUUCGCUUUACUGAUUCUGGCGCUGUAUCGCAUUCCGGCACUCUGGCUGUACUUGUUCGGCGUUCAGAUUUGUUGUGCUCAUCGUUUUCGCUUCGUCCUCAUAAAAUCCAUAACGAGUAUCGAAGGAGAUGCUUUCGAGCGUGUUCUUGAGAACUAUCGAUUGAAUGCAUGCCUCGACGUGAUCAAAUAUACUGAUCACCUUCGCGUAGCGUUUGUAGAAAUUGGUUACAGUCCCAUCCCAAGUCAUUACAUUUAG